UGUCUGUUCUGCUCUUACUCCUCCACUGUCCACUUGAUAAAUUCUUGAAAAUGGCGGAAGCCGGUUCGGGUACUUAUUUAAUAUUUUCGUAACAGUUGAUAUCUUUGAUAAUAACAUCAUAAACUUAGCAGAAUUUUACGUAACCGGUAAUAGCUUUAUCAAAAAAAAUAUUAAUGUAGAUGAACUAACACGGCGUUAAGCAAUGAGUUAGUUGUGAAAUGAAGGUUUUUGUGGACAAAUCAAUAUGGCUCUCAAGCUUGGAAAAUGCAGGCUUUGCCUCAAACUGGGCGACUUCUAUUCCAUCUUUACGGUGGACAACAAUAUGCAGCUUGCCGAAAUGGUUAUGGAAUGCGCGCGGGUGAAAAUAUGCGAUGGCGACGGACUUCCAGAUAAGAUUUGCAGCGAAUGCAUUCAGAAGUUGAGUAGUGCACAUAUCUUCAAACAGCAGUGCGAGCGCUCUGACCAAGAGCUCAGACGGAACUAUGUUCCUCCUCCAGGAUUUAGUUCAACCCCGCCGCCUACCAGACAGAGCAGUGACUCUGCAUUCUCAUCCCAAACUGAAGUUUCGAAGCCAUCAUCCUCUACCGAGAGUCUAGUCACUCCAGUUAGCCGAACCAGGAAACGCAGUAGGGACAGUAUCGACGAAGCGUCUUCCAGCAGUCGCUCCAACUAUAAACCGGGAAGCUCGAAAAGAGUCGACGAGCUGCGCACGUCUUUGAAGAAACCAAGAGUCUCACAAACAUCAGACUCUGAUUAUGAAGACAGUAGUCCAUUCUAUUCAGCGGAAACUGAUUCUGAUGAACCUCUGCAACACAAAUGCAAUCAGUGCUCCAAAGCUUUCAGGACAUCCAAAUCCCUUUGUGCACACAUGAAAUCUCACAAAAGAAAAAUUAACAUCUUUAAUGCGCAGAACUCGCAAACCGCUACGACCCCUGAAAAGACGCCUAAAAAACAAGAGGACAGCAAAGAAACGAGGGAAGCUAAUGAAGAAAAGGCCAAAUUUAAGUGUGAUAAAUGCGGAAACAGUUUCAAAUUACAAAUAAUGCUUAAGAGACAUUAUGAGUUUUGUGGCAAAUCUCCACAAAAGCAGCUUCUGAUUUCAUUAGAGCCUAUAGACAUGGCACAAAUGCCAACUUCAUCAAACCAAAGUCCACAGAUAAAUUGUGAUAUGUGCGCUUCUAAAUUUAAAACAGUAGACAAUCUAGAGAAACAUAUGAAAAUAGUGCACGCUGCUGUGCUAAAAAGAGAAAGAGUUUCAAUAUCCAAUGAAAAUGGUUUAUUAGGCGUGCCGUGUGUCUAUUGCAAAGAACCUUUUCUGGAUUAUUAUCUUCACAGUGGUCACCUUUCUUCGUGUCCUAAAAAGAAUGACUCUGUGACAUUCGAAUGCCCUAUGUGCCAAAAGGUCAUCAAUAAGAAAUCGUCAUACAUCCUUCACGCGAAGAUGCACUUUUACCAGUUGGUCUCGGAUGCAAAGGCGGAAAAACCUUCUAAUAGUACAAAUCAGGAGACUUAUCAAUGUCGCAUGUGUACUAAGAAAUUACCUUCUCAGGAAGCUCUGAUUAGUCACCUGGCUGCACACAUGAAUAAAGUUGAAGAAGACAAUGAUGCGGCGGACGACGCUGCAGCCGACGACGAUGUAGCGGAUGAUGAUGUUGAAUCCAAAGCAAGCACUGCUGGAGAUUCAGCAUCGGUACACUCGGAUUACAAUUCCUAUACACCCAGCGGGCCUUUAAGUUGCAAGUUCUGUGACAAAAGUUUCAAAUACAAAAAGGCGUUGAAGUCGCACGAAGAGAAACACUUGGAAGGCAAAAUAAAGAUCGAAAAGCCGGACAUAAAGCCCAGCGCUCUUUUGAAUCAGACUACGAACUCGUACCGUUCAGACGAAUCAGAAUUGGAAUCUAGUCAAGACGAGGCCGAUGGAGAUAACACCUGUGACAUAUGCGAGAAGCAGUUCUCUUACAAGCAGCUGUUAAUAAAACACAGGAGGAAACACUCUAUGACAGCAGGAACGAAGCGAGCGAAGAUCAACUUGAAGGACUGUUCGGUCCGCUGCUUGAUCUGCGACGUAGAAAUGAAAGUCAGCGCCAUCAACGAGCACAACCAGAAACACAUAACAGCUAACAUGAAGCCGCGGAAUUUGUACACUUGCAAAGAGUGCAGCGAACAGUUUAAGAGUUGUAGUGGGCUCGCGAAUCACAUAAAGUUUGUGCACCGGUUGCACCAACCCCCCAAUAGUAAAAAGAUCGUGGUGCCUGCUGCUGAUGUGGCGGAUUUUUGUGAGGUCGUUGUGACGAAGACGGAACCCCUGGACUAUGUUCAGAGUCACAACGGCUUUGAGGUUUCCGUCGACGCUAGCGUUAACAUGAGCGGUUUCACCUGCCCCGUGUGCAACAAGACCUUGCCCACGUUGAUCUCCCUCAAGAGACACGUCAAUUGGCACAAGAAUGUCGGGAAUAACAUUGAGAAGAAAUUGGAAUGCUUCGUUUGUAAAGAGAUAUUCCGAUUCCAGUGUCAUUACAAAAUUCAUAUGCGCCAACAUUACAAGGAUCCCAACAUAGAUCCGAAGCUGCUCACGUGCUCCAUCUGCAACCGCAAGAGCAAGCACCUCCGCGCCGCGCAGGCGCACAUGAACUUCCACAAGCAGACGCGAUUUAAGAACAAAGACUACGAGUGCUCUAUUUGCAAAAAGGUCUUCCAGUACCGCAAAGUCUAUCUCUCCCACAUGGCCAUCCACUUCAAGCGCGGCGAGAGCGCCGCCACCGCCGUCGUGGGCACCGUCGCGCCCUUGUCGCUCGACAAGAGCAAGUUCGACGGCACCUACACUUGCCAACUCUGCGGCAAAGUUUGCGAUUCGGAAAACUCUCUCAAAUGCCACACGAGCUGGCACAACUCGAAGACUCUACUGUAUGGAGCGCGACACGAGUGCGAAAUCUGCAACGUGCAGUUCACUAACAAAAGGCGGCUCGAGCUUCACACGAGAACACAUUUCGAGGACGACAAUGGACCUUUCAAAUGCCAUAUAUGCGGAAAAGGCUACAUUGUCGAGGAUUACUACAAGAGACACGUCAAAGGACACAACUUCGACCACCAGUCUCACAAGAAGCGCAUAGAGAAACUCCGAAAGGAUAAAGUGAAAUGUCCCAUUUGCGAGAGAUACUACCCAGAUUUGAUCCAUCUCAUCAGACAUCUGCGUCGCACGCACCCCGAAAGCAAAAUGAUCAAGGAAGACCCCGACGCCCCGCCUCCCAUCUACUACUCGUGUAAACUGUGCGCCAAGGUUUUCUUGGAUGAGCGGAGAUUGCAACAUCACGAGGAAUCUCAUUUGAGGAAACCGGAAUUUUUCAAAUGCAAAUUUUGCGGAAAGAAAACAAUCUCGCUCAAAAAUCACAGGGUUCAUAUCAAAGGUCAUUUGACUCAAAAAUAUAUUGACGAACCCCUGAAGUGUACCCAAAAAGACUGCUCCGAGACUUUCGGCCGGGGCUACGACUUGCACUACCAUCUGCGCGACGCGCACGGCAUCACCGAAACUUGGAUCGCAGAGCGCGGCCCGCGAGUGCCCGACGGGCCGCUCAAGGAGCUGCAGUGCUCCAUAUGCUUCAAAGUACUCGCCAGCAGAGGCAACUACGAGCGCCACAUUGACUACCACAACUCUCUGAGAUGCAACUAUUGUUUCGAAUACUUCACAGGCUCACAGUUUCUCGAAGGACAUUUGACGUUCAGCUGCGAGAGGAAGAAAUUGCUCGGUGACACUGAAAUUUACCCAAAGAAAGUGAAGUGCCAUAUAUGUUACAAAGCUUUCCACUUGCAAGUGAAGUUGGACUGUCACUUGCGCACCAAGCACGAUAUUAAAACGUUCAAAGAAGCUUCCGAGGGCAAAAAGGAGAUAGUGUGCGAUUAUUGCUUCAAAGUGUUCGAAAACGAGUACGCUCUCAGCACCCACAAGAUCUAUCACCGCACCAUCGGCUACUACGGCUGCAUGUACUGCAACAGGAAGUUCAACACGAUGACUCUGUACCGCAAACACAAGAACCACCACUUCGCCCAGCUCAACGUCGACAACCCGACGAAAUGUGAACAUUGCGACGAAACAUUUGUCGCGUUCCGGGAAAUGAUAUACCACUUGAGAGACGUUCACGGCGAUGAGAAGGAAUGGAUCGUGCUACCCAAGGAAUCCAUUGAAGAGAAAUGUCCUAUCUGCAACAAAAUUUUCUUCAAUCUCCACAGACAUUUGGAUUACCACGAAGAAAACAGAUGCAAGAAAUGUGGCGAAUACUUCUUCUCGCAAGUGGAUUUCGACAACCAUUUGUGUACGGUCGACAGCGACGAAGAAGUCACCGAAGCCAAUACCAACGGCGUGCGGACCGUUUAUGAGGAGUGCGUCUUCUGCUUCAAACCAUUAACUAAAAAGAAUUCGAAGAAGAAACACGAUUUGAUCCACAAGGGUUCAGGGUCUAUAUCGUGUCGAUUCUGUCCUCUCAAAUUCAAGACUAUAGACGCGUUUAACAUUCACGCCUUUUCUCAUCGUAGCAGAAAGUACAAGAAGAAACCGAUCAAGUGUCGGAAAUGCGGGGAGAAGUUUGUGAAAUACGGGCCGUUCAUGAAACACAUGAAAGGCGUCCACAAGUCGAACAAGAAGAUUCACUACAGAGCGACCGUCAUGCCGGAGGAAUGCGUCGUGUGCCACGGAAGCUUCCCGAAUCUGCACAACCACUAUCGCGCGCAUUUGCAGAACCAGUGUCUGCAAUGUUUAAAGUAUUUCACCUCCUGUAAAGUAUUUUCCAUGCACCAAUGUGACAAAGAAGACUCGAAUCCGGAUAAAGUGUUCACGUGUGACGAAGACUUGUUGCAUCUGAUCAACACGUACGUUCCUAAAGACGAGAAAGACGACGAGAAGUAUUACGGUUACGAGGGAGAAGAGGACGAUGACGUCGACAUAGAAACAGUGGACGAAUCCGUCCCGUUCACAUCUCUGGAACAAAAGCACGAACCAGAUAUUGCGUCACAGGACGAGGACAGCCAAAACUCCAUAGACAUUGAAGAGCAAAACCUACACGAAAUGGUUCACGCACCCAUAAUAUCUGAUGUUCUUUCACUGUUUAAACAGAAAGAGGAUAAAAACGACUCAGACGAUGAUGUUGUGGUUUUGACGGACGAAGAUUCUGUUGGUUUCGAGGACAACAUUUUGACAGUUAUAACUAUAGAGGAUGAUUGAUCAUAAUAUUAUGAAUGGAAGAAACUUCCAUCUUGCAGUAUUGACUGAAGGCUGAUACAAUGGUGUUAUCAUUUGUAUUGAGACAACUUAUUACAACAAGAAGGACUUUAAAACUACAUUGAUUUAUGUUUUUUUAAAACAAUCGAUAAUAGACUGUAUGUCAAACAUCCUUCUACAUUAGACAAAUGUGUAAUACUUUUGCAAAGGAAAGCCUUUCAAAACCUCGUUUAUUGUGACAUGUGAUAUACUGAAUGGUCCAAAUAUCGAACAUUAUUACCAAACAAAUAAUAAUUGUAUAGAAGUAUCAAAUAUUUUAAGUAGGUAUUUUAUAAUUUUUGGGACAAGUAUUUUAAAAUUGUAAAUAUUAUUAUAACUUUUAAUUUUAGUAAUGCAUUGUUAGAAAUUGCAUUUACAUGUAAUAUUUGUUCGCUUGUGAAGAUUAUGAAUAUGAUAGGUUUUAGGGUUUAUUGGUCAUAUGGGAUUUUUUUUAUAAUUGAUUUUCUCUCUUAGUGCGUUUAACGUAAAAAUAUUAGUUAAAGAGAGAUAUGUACUAGUAUUAGAGUAAUUAUAUCUCUCAAAAUGCAUCAAAAUUCAUUUAUUUCAAGUAGGCUCAGUUUACAAGCACUUUUGACACGUCAGUUGACUAUUUGUAAAGAUUCUACCACCGGUUCGGAAGGCAGGUUCUGCUGAGAAGAUACCGGCAAGAAACUCAACAGUUGCUCUUUUGAAAAAGUCAUACAGUAUUACAAUUUACAUUUGAUAACAAUUAAAUUACAAUUUCUUAUAGUUUUAUUUCCUGUGUGAAGGUGGAAGCUGAUCCAAUGGCCUCCAAGCACCUUUGUGGUUUGCCUCGUCUUCUUAGCUGUUGUUUAAAUACAACAUGACUACAGACCUUUUGGUAUUUUGUUUCGACAUAUUGUCGUGGUAAAAUAUUUCCUAUAAAACUAAAAAAAAUAAGAUCCGAAUUAGAAAUGAUCUUCACCCAUCAACAAAGAAAAAUAAGAUACAACGGAAGUCGAAAAAUAUUAUAAUGUACGCCUUGCUAUAUUUGAUUAUAAAUUUUCCAAUUUACAUUAGAAUAAGUUGCAGAUUCUAUUUGUGAGAGACUAAACUUGGGGUUUAGAGGCAAAAGAAUGGUUUUUGAAAACGUUCUGUUUGCGUGGCGAUUCUUUUUUACCGCUAAAAUUCGCAUUUGUCAGCAAAUAUUAUAUGAUGUGCUAGUUGCAAUACUAUCUAUACUAUUUAUUUAACUAUUUCCUAAAAAAACUCGUUGGACUAGUUGCACACUAAAUACGACUCAAAGUUGAUGAACGUAAAGUCCAGUUUACUUUGUUUCAGUGUUAUGAUACUCAAUAAUUCCACAUAAAAAUCUCAUACUAAGUCGAUCCAAAAUGUAGUACUUUGCUGACAAAUGUGAAGUUUUAUCAUUUUUUUAUUUGUGUAUCAACUAUGUAUGAACAAUCAUGUGUAAAUAUAUACAAAUAUUCCACCAGCUAGGAAGCUGCCAUAUUAUAUAUGAUCGCUAUUUAUAGUAUAGGCAUUGAUUAAAUGGAAAUGGUAGACUAGGUUUAUGAAAAAUUGUACUGUAUGUAGGUAUUUUAUUUACCUAAUUAACCUAUUUUCGUGUUGUGUGCUCGACCUAGAAUUGUCAUUAAUGCUAAGCGCCCACAUAUCCGCGUCGUAACUCGUAAGCGUCCACUCGUAUCCGAUCGGACGGAUCGCGUCAAACAAAUUGUAGUAGGUAUUUGUUUAAAAAGUCAUACAAGUGCGUCCACUGAUGCGCACUGAUCGUACGAAUCUACCGUAAAAUGAAAAAAUAGUGUCAUGCGUCCGAUGCUUACGAUGCGGAUAUCUUGAGAAUAUAGUUAACAAGGAGUUUAGAAAGCCUUUAAUUUCUCUUUUUUAAUGAAUCAUGUCAAAGUAGUAAUGAAAAUUCAAUAAACUACAAUUUAAAUCUUAAGCAAGGCAAAAUAAGGUCGCAAAUGAAAUAUUUGCGACCUUAUUUUUAAAUUGUAAUAUUUUGUAGCAAUCGCAAUUAAAUGUAAUGGUCUAAGAUCCGAAUUAGAAAUGAUCGUCACCUAUCUGUUUGUUGGAAACUUGUUUUAUAUCAAAAGUAUGCUUAAAAUUUAACAAUAAUAUGGCGGAACUAUCAUUAAUAGACAAUAAUAAUUAAUAUUCGUUUCUAAUUCCGAUCUUCUACUAUAAGGGGCGUAUAUGUGACGAGUCGUAAGCGUAACGCACCUGUUAACAAACCACUAUUGACAUUGUUAGCGUUAAAAUAAAGUCGAAUAUUCAAAUGCCCACCGGCCAAUACAACCCCAGGAGCCCAGGUAAAUCCCCGGGCCUCGUAUAUAAAUAUCCAGAUUAUGUUAUUAAACUAGAAAAAUGUAUGGGAAUGACUGAUCUUGAUCACGUGACCUGUAGUUAGCAAAUGUCAUUCCCAUACAUUUUUCUAGUUUUCGAAGCGUUUGCGAUCGUAGAAUAAGAGUCGAUUCUCUCAAAAAAUCGGGGCUGUCAACGGGGAAAUGGUGGGCUUCAUUCCCUCCUGCUGGAGUAUUUGUGUACCCCACUCUUAACACAGGAUAUUCGCUUGCUUAAAAAGCAUUGGUCUACAAGAUGCGAUGGGAGUAAAUGUGUUUAAUUAAUUUUGGACUUUAUUUUAAAGGCAUCAAGGUCAAUAAUAGUUUGAUUCGUGCAUUGACACGUUCAGCUGUGUUAAGAUCUUUAAGCGUGCAGUAUGAAAAUAUGGUAUGACAAAAGGUCGCUGCAAGCAAUAAUAAAUAUAACAUAUGUGCCUACAGCGCUCGCGUCAAUUAUGAUAUCGACAAAUUAAUAUCCAAAUAAGAAUAAAAGUUGAAUUAUGUUCCUGCUUGCAACAAGCUAUUGUUGCUUGGGGUUUUGUGUGUAAUAAUUUGUGAUUAUUGUUUAAAAUGAUUUAACUUUAAUGUUUAUUUAUUAUGGAACUACACCAACUUUAUUAUUUCCAUGCCAAUUUCGAUUUAAUUUAAUAAAUAGAACUAAACUCUUGCUACUGUUUAAUGUAUAUAUUAACUAUUGAAGCGGUUCUUAUUAGACGUAAGAUAUUGAAAUCUAAUUGGUAGCCAUGUGAGUUUUAGAGGUUUUAAAAAACCAAUACGACAAUGAUCACUUAAAUGGUAAAAAAGUACCUAAGGUUUGAAAUUGGUCUAUAUCCAAGUGAAUUGUCAUGUAUUAUUUCUUAAACCCAGUGUAACCACCAGUUAAACUUAUCCAUGAUAUGGAAAAAGAGUUAUUACGCACUAAAUACUUAGCAGAGAUAGCUAAAAAUAUUUUUGGCUCAUCGAAUCCAUGUUUUUUUUUGUAUUUUUUUAGUCAAUAAAAAGAAUACAAUACAAAUUAUAGUUAUAAUAAAAAAAAAAUUUGCUUUCAGUUAGUCUCGUUAAAACUCAUUAUUUUGAUGUUAAUUACUUGGUUUCGGUAGUUAAGAGUGAUUAUAAUAAAAUAUUAGUGCUGUGCUAAUAAUUAAUUAAAAAAAAAAUGUUACUUUUGAAAAUUUUAUUUGUGACACUGUGGACUCGGACUGUGCAAAGUCUAUAGAGAGUACAAAGUUCUUUUAUUUUUGUAAUAAUGAUCAAUAUUGAUUUUUAGAAAAUAUAUUUAUAACUAAUUCAUUUACUAAUCUCAUAAGGUGUCUACACUGUGUCCUUUGUAGUAGGGGAGCCGAAGAGGGGAUUUUUGCAGUUACUCGAGCGCGGCAGAUAAACAUAAGGGACUAUACCUUGCACGUUGUUGAGUACCUCCACCAAGUAUGAGCCCAUAAUAUUGGUGGGUACAUUUAGGGCAACCAAAAAAAAAACUAACUUCGGAAAUACUCAACCAGCCUUCAGAUUAAGAUAAGGUAGGUGAGUUGAUAGCUAAAAGGUGUGCAUUUCAAAAACCUGACGAUUUGAGCGUAACGUAAUGGAAUGGGAGGGUUCCAAAGUUACAAAAUAAAACCCUUAUAUUUCUGUUAUCGAACCACGAGCGUGGUUAAUUUUUGACUUAUUAUGAGUGAAAUAAUCUGAAGAAUCGCUCAUUUUUUCCGACGAUUUCAGUAAGCCAAAGUAUUAAAAAUUGUCUUUAAAGUCUGUAGUUAUUUUUUCCACCGCUAAAAUCAAAAAAAGUAUAUAUCCAUUUAUUAAUCCAAUCAUUUAAUCUACCAAAUGCAAUCGGUCCCCAUGACGCUUUAGUAACUGCAAAUUUAGCAUCUCGGGCUCCCCUACUAUUGGGAAUAAUACGAUUAUUAAAUUAAAAUUGGGCAAUAAAUAACCUAUCAAAAUA